AUGCCUUUGGAGCAAACGUUGCUUUUCAUAUUAGGCCUGAUUUCAGCUCUUUUAUAUUCAAUGAUUGUGAGAACACUUAGAAAACAUAGAAAAACAUCUCUUCUCGGAGGAACUUUCUUCAAGCUUGUUGAGCUGCAGUUUUACGCUGAAUUAGUUUUCUUUAUCGAAUUUUCGAUCACAAUGCGGUUCCGAAAGUAUACAGAUUUUUACAUGCUGUUUGAGCCAGAUACAGUAUUUAUUGGUAUUAUUCCGCGAAUUAUUUCUGGCAUACAUUACUACAUUAAGCUUGUUGUCUACAUAGGUUAUUUGUUUUUUGCUGUUAAUCGACUUUUCACCGCUUUGAUGGUGUCUUCAUACGACAAGGAUAACAUUUCGGUAUGGGGUACAAAAACAUUGCAGCGGAUAGCCAUUGUUCAGUGGUCUAUUCCAAUUCUUGGACUUCUGCCAACACAUGCGUGGCCCAAUUUUGACUUUUACCUUCUCAUUACUCCAACUGCAAUGCGGCUGAAUAACGAUGCAGUUUCAACAGCGCUAAUUGCCUACAUUGACGGAAUGUGUUGUUUGGUGACUUGUGCAUUUUGUAUGAUUUGUUACAUUAUAACAAUGAUACUCAUUAAAAAGAAUUGGAAGAAAAGCUCAAACACGGUCUUCAAGAAAACAGGCGCAACUGCAGAACGAAGCCUAUUCAUUUCUUCAUUUUUAUCGUUUUGUGUCCUAAUGCUAAACUUGACUGUGCAAAUAUUGAAAAUUUGUAUUUCUCUGGGUGGAAUGACGAAUAUAUUUUCAGUUUACGAUGUUUCGUAUCCCAUGGUGGACUUAAUGUACUCACAUUAUCCUUGGGUACUUCUCGUGACUUCAUCUGUUCUUAGACGUCAACUUAUAUACGAUGUGAAGAUGCUUAUAAGAAACUCACUGAAACUGGACGAAGCAUCAAUGAGCCUGUCUCGUGGCGGACAAACGAAUGCCGUCUCAAAAACGACACCUGCAACUUGACCAAACAAUUUUCGCUUUCGUUCUAUAUUUGGAAGAAUAAAGACCACUUUGUUCUCAUGUUUUUUAUCUAGGAUGCAAUCUUUUUUCUUAUUUCACGGUGUUUCUCUUUUUUUUCCCGAUUUUUUUCCUGAUUCUUCAGUGGCUGCCUGCAUAAUUGCAUAAUUUCAUUAGUUUAGUUUAGUUUUUUUUUAAAUUUAAUUUUUUAAGCAGUAUGGGAUAAACUGAUU